AAAAAAUAAACCAUGACUGGACGUAAGUAAAAUUAUUUUUCUUUUUGAUGACAUUUGUUGUGGUUUUUUGCAUCGUCAUCGUCAUCGACAUCGGCCCCAUCCAUCCGUCGUUCGUCGCCAGAAGAGUUUGACGCCGGGGGAAGAAGGGAGGGAAGAGCCGUCGUCUUGGCACCGCCAUGCCUAUUCUGGCCCUUGCAUGACGCCAAGCGCCUGUUGCGCUUGACUUGAUCUCCCCCCACCAACACCACCCACCACCACGGACAUUGGAUCAGCUUCGAGAGAUAUUAAAAAAGAAAAAAAAAAGAAAAAAGUCUUCCACUGGUCCGGUCCUAUAUAAAUGAACAACGAUGAGAAGAUGACGACCACAAUGCUUGCUCCAUCCAUUCCAGAGACAUGACACAUACACCCCACCCCAGGCAUCCUCCUACCCUACCCACCCUCUCCCCUAUGCCAUACACACAUACAUACAGAAUAUCUAUCCUCUAUUGCCAUAAACAACCUCAACUAACCCAACUAACCCACCCAACAGGCGGAAAGGGCGGCAAGGGCCUUGGCAAGGGCGGCGCAAAGCGCCACCGCAAGAUCCUCCGCGAUAACAUCCAGGGCAUCACCAAGCCAGCCAUCCGCCGUCUAGCCCGUCGUGGCGGCGUCAAGCGUAUCUCUGCCAUGAUCUACGAGGAGACCCGCGGCGUGCUGAAAUCGUUCCUUGAAUCCGUCAUCCGCGAUGCGGUCACGUACACCGAGCACGCGAAGCGGAAGACGGUCACGUCGCUGGAUGUCGUGUAUGCGCUGAAGAGACAGGGGCGCACGCUCUAUGGGUUUGGUGGAUAG